AUGGAGAAGGAUCUAAAAGAGGAACUAAACAGGAGGCAAAGAGCAGCGGCCGCCUUCGGGUCUUUAAAGGAAGCCCCAGACCAGCUGACGGAUCCAGAGCUCCGAGCUCACCUUGCAACCGAUGUGCUCAACAUCUCAUCAAUUUCUCGUCUUCGCGAUCCAGCGGAAUACGUCUCUAACGCAAAGCAUCGAUGGGCUGAUCAUAUGAUGAGAAGAACAGACGAUAAAUGGACACUAACAACUCUGGAAUGGAUUCCUCGCGAAGCAAAACUUUCUCGAGGUAGGCCACCGACCAAAUGGACUGACGUGUUUGUUACACGGAUGGACCAGCUAAAUUCUCAGCUGGUAACGAGUAAGGGACUGGACCUCGCGAACGUCGCGGCCGCAGUUUAA